UGACACAAGGCAUCAUCACAUGUUUUGAUUGUUUUCGCUCUGCGACAUCAAUUCGCUCACCUAUUCCGAGGUUCUUACUCAACUUCCAAGAGUCAACGAAUCAAAUCUUCCUACGUCGAAUGCAAUAGCUGUCGAAAGCCCGAUGACACUCUUGAACACCGUAUGCGAAGGGAUUUUAAUCAAGAAUGCAGACUAGAACCCAAACCACGAACGGAGAGUACGAAUCUAUAGAAUACGAUUAUUUCAGUCCUGUUGAGUACGAAAGAUUAAUGUACUGGUAUGCUGGAGGUGGUGGUCUUGGCAUAGGGCCUCCUGGUAACAUUCGAGCGAUAAAGACGGAUAAAGAUAAUCAUUCUGGAGAGGUUCUCAAGGCUGGAUUGUGUGUACAUGUAAGAAAUACAACUUUUAAACUCAUCCCGGCAUAGGAAAUAGAGUGCUAAAUAUAUCCCAACCUGCAUCAAAACCUAGUGCAAGAAAGAUCACAUAAUCU